AUGCAUGCUACGAUCAACAAGAAACUAUAUAACAAGUUUAAGGAUAAGUUGACUGAAGGUUCUUUGUCUGUUAUCAAGAAUUUCAAAGUUGUUGAAAGUAGUGGUGGAUAUAGGCCAGUUGAAAGUGAUUUUAAAAUUAAUUUCUUACUUAAAACUGCUGUCAAGAGUCUAGAGGAAGAUAUUGUUAGUAUUCCUAUAAAUGGAUUUCAGUUUAUCACACCAGAUAUGAUUGAAUCAAGGGUGAACAAUAACACUGUGCUAUCAGAUGUGGUGGGUUGUUUGUGCGGAGUUGGAGACAUGGAGACUGCUGGCUCGAGGUGGAAAAAAAGGGACAUUUAA